GAUGAGGGGAGGGGUUUACUUUUGGCGACGUCGCAGUGCAGCCCCUGUCGUCCGGUUGGCCUGCACGCCGGAGGAGGACGGAUGUGGAAUUCUGACUGGUGUUUUUAAUACACAGGGAGGAAACCGCUUGGAAGGAGCAAGUGCCGUGCUGAGGGAUGACUCAUUGAAGCGUGCGUUGACCUUUUAUCUUUUUUUACACACCGAAUGCUUGCUUCCUUUGAGAAGAAGUCUAUAGCUUUCGCUCCGACAUUUUGUUUUCUGGUUGACGGGUGCCCGGGAGCGAAACGAAAAUGACCUUCAUGUUGUUCAGGAGCUGCCGGUCACCGGUGUGGAAGACGCCCAACGUGGUGUGCCGAGGGAUGCGGAAAGGUUGUCUUGGUGAAAUUGCCUGUCUCAAGUGUACUGCACUGAGGUUAACAAAUCACAGAAAUGUUUGUUUGAGAAAUUGCAGCACAGUGUCUACAAUCAACAAUCCUUUGCACUUAAGAGAUCGUUAUUAUAGUUGGACAAAAGGGCCAAAACGUGUGUACUGUAGGGUGGUGGGUGCUCCUCUGCCAUGCACUUCUACCGAGAUGAGUUUUAUUGGAACCCAUUGCGUUACAGUAAGAUGGUGGCAUUCUACAUGUCACCUAUAUGAUGAUUCCAAGGUAGAAAAAUCUCUCAAGUCUUUAAAGGAUAAGAAUAAGCGACUGGAAGAAGGUGGUCCUGUCUAUAGUCCUAUAGAACCUGAAGUCCGCAAGUCCCUGGGUCAGAAGAUUGUAGAUGAAGUAAAACACUAUUAUCAUGGCUUCAGAUUGUUGUGGAUUGACACAAAGAUAGCAGGCAGAAUGCUUUGGCGGAUCCUGAAUGGAUAUACUCUCUCAAGGAGAGAGCAUAGACAGUUUCUGAGGACAUGUGCUGACCUCUUUCGCCUGGUGCCCUUCCUAGUUUUCAUCAUUGUUCCAUUCAUGGAGUUUCUUCUUCCUGUUGUUCUUAAACUUUUCCCUAACAUGCUUCCCUCAACCUUUGAGACCAAGUCAAAGAAGGAAGAAAGGUUGAAAAAGGAGCUGAGAGUGAAACUUGAAAUGGCAAAAUUUCUUCAAGAUACAAUUGAAGAGAUUGCCCUAAGAAAUAAAGCAGCUAAGGGUGAUGUCACAAAAGACUUUUCUACAUUCUUUCAGAAGGUUCGAGAUUCUGGAGAGCGACCGAGUAAUGAGGAGAUCAUGCGUUUUUCUAAACUGUUUGAGGAUGAGUUAACUCUGGAUAACUUAACUCGACCUCAGCUUGUAGCACUUUGUAAAUUGUUGGAGCUGCAGUCAAUAGGAACCAAUAAUUUUCUACGGUUUCAACUGAUUAUGAAGCUGCGCAGCAUUCGUGCAGAUGACCAGUUGAUUGCAGCAGAAGGAGUAACUACACUGAACGUAAAUGAGCUGCAGGCAGCUUGCCGGACCCGGGGUAUGAGAGCAUUAGGGGUGACUGAAGCACGCUUACAAGAGCAACUUAAGCAAUGGUUGGAGCUACAUCUGAACCAGCAGAUUCCAACGUCACUUUUGCUUUUGUCCAGGGCUAUGUUCCUUCCAGAUACCCUUUCACCUGCUGAUCAGCUUACAACAACUCUACAGACGUUGCCAGAUAGUGUGGCAAAGGAAGCACAAGUCAAAGUAGCGGAAGUUGAAUGUGUCAAAGUGGAUAAUAAAACUAAAUUGGAAGCAACCUUGCAAGAAGAGGCAGCCAUCAAGAAGGAGAACCAGGAGCGAGAGAUGGAACGUAUGGCAGAAGCUGCAGAAAAAGCUAAAGAAAGCUUACAGGUUGAAGCCAGGAAGGAAAUUGAAUCAGCAGUGGAACUGGAAGCAGCAGCUGUCAAUGUAAAGCAAAGCCAAAUUGCUCUUGAUGCAGAACAGGAAUUGGCUAAUGUAGACUUGACGAUGCAUUCGGAAACCUUGAAAGAUACAGCCCCAGUAUUAGAAGGAAUUAAGGGUGAAGAGAUUACAAAGGAGGAAAUAGAUAUGAUUAGUGAUGCUUGUACCAAGUUGAAGGAACAGAAGAAACUACUCACCAAAGAGAAGGAAGAGCUAGAGGAAUUGAAGGGAGAUGUACAAGAGUAUAAUGAGGAUUUAGAAGAGAUUAAGAAGGAAUUUUCUAAAACUGGAAAGGAAACAGUUGUAGAAGAGUCCAAAGCUAGCAAACUAUUAACGAAGAGAGUAAACCGAAUGAUCAGCCGAAUUGACACACUCAUUGUUGAGUUGGAGAAAGGCAAAGAGGUGCUGGAUGAUCGAUUGGAUAGUGAUGCGACAUCCCACACUGGUUUGUAUUUCACCUUUAGGGAAAAUAUCAUCAGCAUCAACGAACUAAUCAGUGCAAUGAAGCAGAUCCAGAAUAUCCCACAGCACAAAUUACAGAAGAUUGCUGAAUCCCUGGAUGAAAACAAGGAUGGAAGAAUUGAUAUCAAUGAUGUUAUAAAAGUGGUGAAGUUAAUUGAUAAGGAGGAUAUAGACAUCUCUACCAACCAGGUUGCAGAGAUUUUAGAACUGUUGCGCAAGGAAGAGAAGGUUGUCGAACACCAAAAAGCAAAAGAAAAAUCAGUGAAGGAACAAGUGGCAGAAGUCCAGAAUUAAACAGCUUCAUCUAAUAAAACACUCAUGGUAUCAGAAUUCAUCUAACUUAGUUUGAUUUUUGAAAUUUAUUGUAAAUAUGCAGAGAGGAAUCAGGCAGAAUACUGCAGAGGAAUUGUAGAUUGUCUUGUGCUACAGGAAUGGAAUAAUGUUUUCUGUUAUGCCAAGAAUCCCACCAUUCCAGAAGCUUGGAAGCAAUAUGAAAGAAAUGUUUCCUUGAGAAUGCAGUUAUGAAAAAUGUUAUUGUGAUGUGAAAAGCUCUAAUAUUGUUUUUAUAAAUGAACAAAGCAACAGAAAAACAUAGCCUCGGAGGUGAUCAGCUGGUUUUCUAAAGUGCUUCCAAGUCAGUUUAUGGGAAUUGAUGUGUUACCAUACUACUUUGAAGAAGUAUUUGCAUUACCACAAAUCUAUAAUCCUGGACCACUUUAUCUUCAAAUCUUUCAAAAUUAGGUUUAUUUUCAAAUCUUAAUCUUGUCGUAUCCAGUAAAACUGAUUUUCGAUAAAUUCUAGGAGGUGCGCUAUUAAGGAAAUUAGAUAAAUGCACCAAACCAAAGAACAUUUUUAGCUCAUUUUGGAUACGCUAAAUUCCUUUUGCAUCUGAGUUGCUAUUAUGGUCCUUAAGGUGUUAAAUCUGUCAUAUAGUGCAUCUACUUAUUUAUAACAGGCAUUUUUAAUAAAUAGUAUGGAUGUUAGACUACAUUGGCAUUGUUUACUCCUGCACACCCAGACAGGUUAUGUUUUACUCUUGUGUUUGUUUACAUAUGUGGAUCAGGUUUUAGGAAUACACUCAGGUAUUGCUAAGUUUAUUUUUAAGUGGCUAAAUUAAAAAGAAAAAGUUUGUCCCAUCUUUCAGAUUAUAUCCUUGUAUUUAUAUUGUGAUGGUUGCGGCAAUCAAUAUGUUUAUCUGUGCAAGAUUGUGCUAUACUAAUGGAUAAUGAUGUAGCUAUUGAAAUUUGAAUGUUAGCUACAUGUCCACCAUAGAAUAUUUUAGUAUUUUGGUGUUCAUUUACCUUGCGAUGGAAACAAUGGAUUCAGUGUGUAAAAUGUUUUUUCUUCAUAAUUGGAUCAUGUUCAAAAUAAACCUACACAUGAAUAAGAUGGGAAAAUACGUUAACCUGUGAAUUGUACACAAUUCUGGUUUCCAUUUGAUUCCAGAUCAAGUGAAGUAUAUAUUGAUUCUUAAAUAUUUUUUCACUACUUGUACCAAACUAAUGACAGGUCAUUAAUUCUAUAACCUUUGUGCAUAAUCUGUGCUGUACUUGCACUGUUGACUUGUAAAUGAUUUAUUUUAUGUUUUUGUUUUAGAUUUGACAUUGAUUAUUUGACUAAAGCUAAUAUUAGUCUCACUGAUCAUAGUGACAAAGUGUAUGCAUGUUUUGAUGGCAUUUAUCGUGAAAACUGCAUAUUUUGGUUUGGAAUUGUUUUGGAUUUUUUCCCCCAAACCUAAUUAGGAAAGUUAACUUUUAUGGCGUUGCUUUAGUCCUUUUUUAUAUAUUUCUGAUUUUUGUUUUUGCAUGACCAUAGCCCGCUUUCUGAUCCUUUACUGAAACUUUCAAAUUCAGAUUUAUUAUUCCCCUCUAGUUAUUUCUAACUGAUUAUUUUAAUCAUCAAACUGAUUAUUUAAGAAUGAGCUGUUUAUGGUUCAGAUGAUUAUGCUGUGGAAAUAAGAUCUGUAAAACUUAAUGCUUUUCACAUCAGACCGGCUUAAUAUGUAUGGUAACCUCAUCAGGCUGGGAAAGGACUCUCCCUAAAUUUGUUUCUAACAUUGAAAGCAAUUGGAUUGCGCAGUAUGCUGCAUCAAGUAUUUGCACAUUUUGCUGUUUGCAAUUUCUGCAUCAUUCUCAACAGCCGACUAGGUUCACACUUGCAAGAUAUUCAUUAGUUUCCAUCAAGUAUUUUGUUGCAACACCAAAUGUGGAGAAACCUUGGUUUGGAAUUUUAUUUCCUCCCCAAACCUGUUCUCAAGUCCCUGUACAGCCCUUCCAAUUAUUGUGUAAUAAUACCCGGUGGUAUACAGAAUAUAUCCUUUUCACUUCUGGCCUGGAUUCAAAUCAAGCCAGAAAUGAUGAUAUGUUUGAUAAUGAUUUAAAGUUGCAUUAAAUUCAUUAUCUACCUGGGAUUAUAUGCAAGAUAUAGCUGGUGCAAAGAAUGUAAAAUGUCACAGCAUUUAAAUUACAGUUUGCUGCUCGGUGGUUUGGAGCUGAGUUGGAGAGAGCUUUCCUUUGCAUUUGGCUGUAUUAUACCCAGAGUGGAGCUACUUAAUUAUGACACUAAGUAAAAUGUAAUAUGUUUUGAUGGAGAACGAUAGAAAGAAAAAUCGAAAGUCACGGACAUCUCACCUUCUUUUAAAGAAAAGGCACAAGAAACUAGGCACUCUGAAAAUUUGAGAAUGAUAUGAUGGACUUCAUUUAGUAACUGCAAUAUAAAUAAUUUUCUCCUGUAGAGUAAAGUAGAAGUACUAAUCAAUCUGCACACCUUUAUGAAAUUUAAAGGGGAAAGUAUUAAUUUCACAGCCAAAAUGAUUUUUUUUUUUGCCUGUUGAAAAUAUCCCAUUCUGAGAUGAUGAAUUAAGUGCUAGUUAUGGUAUAAAAUACUGAAAUGUUGUAUGUUGUAGGCUCUAGAUCAUUGUCUUAGUAAAUACAGGCAUUGACCCUGCUGUAAUAACUUGUUCCUGCUAAAACAUGAAUGUGUGCAGAAAUGUUGCACUGAUCUUUGGAAAAUAUAAAACAUUUUUUUAGAAGUUAUAUGAAAACAAUAGACUGGAUUUGGAAGCAGUUAAGUUCAAAGAAAUUGGGCAUUUGUGUAUAAAAAUUGGAAAAUGAAUUAAAGUGCACAAAGAUUUAAA